AUGAGUGAGUCGCUGCCCUUGGUGGGCCGCAGCCUCGCCAUCUUCGUCGUUGCGACGGUGAUGAUGGGGAUAGGCACAAUUGCAGUUGCUUUGCGCACGUUUGUCCGUGUGCACUUGGUGCGGGCAUUCGGAUGGGAUGACGCGCUCAUGAUUGUUGCUUUGGUACGGUCGCCUUGA